CUAGGAACAUGUUUAUGCCGCAUCUAGAAUACUAAUAAAUCUUCAUUCAUAAAAAAUGCCGUGGGACCGGUUUUAUUGAGCAGCACUCGACAUACAUUGUCAGAUCUACAGCGGCGUUACGCGCAAUCGACUGUGUCCGUUCAACUAAACAAUUUAAAAGGAAUUACAAUCAUGGUUUUAAAGCUAUACAAGUUGGACGCCAGCCCACCGGCGCGGGCAGUUAUGAUGACCAUUGAAGCUGCAAACAUUCCGAAUGUGGAGUUUGUCGAUGUUAAUUUGUUAGAGAAAGAACAUUUAAAAGAGGAAUACUUAAAGAAAAAUCCACAACAUACUGUGCCAACUUUGCAAGACGAUGAUUUUUAUGUUUGGGACAGUCACGCAAUAGCUGUAUAUUUACUAACAAAGUACAGCAAAAACACCACACUAUACCCAUCGGAUCCUAAGCAGCGGGCAAUCAUAGACCAAAGACUACAUUUUGAUACCGGCAUCCUCUUCCCGAGCCUACGUGGCGCUAUCGAACCGGUAAUUUUCCGUAGUGAUAAAGCAAUUAAACCGGAAGCAUUUGAAAAAAUCAAAUCUGGUUAUGACUUCUCUGAAAAAUUUCUGACUAAGCAAUGGGUCGCCGGCGACGAGUUUACUUUAGCCGAUAUUUUCUUCAUGGCUUCGAUUAGCUCAUUAAAUGAGAUAUUACCGAUCGAUGCCGCAAAGUACCCUAAACUCACUGCAUGGUUGAAUCGCUGCAAAGAGCUAGAUUAUUACAAGAAAAUGAAUGAGCCGGGAAAUCAACAACUCGGAGCUUUAGUUAGGAGUAAACUUGCUUGAAUUACUGAUAUGUCUUUGGCUAAUGACCACAACCUUUGUAAAUUUUUCUAUUUCUACGCUAUUAAAUGAUUUUAAAUACGUA